AUGCUCCAUCUUGCGUCGCAACAAGCGCGUGAGCCGGCGCCUCUCUCCGAAGACCCCUGUGGGGGAGCGCAGGUCUCCAGCGUCGAGUCCGUGGCGAGCGACAGCCAUGCCUCAUCUACCGUGUCCAGCCGACGGUCGAUGUCGACCUCACUAACCAAUGUAAAUGAAGCAUCAUGGACACCCGAAUCUACAGGUGCCGUGGUGAUAGCACCGGAAAAAUUGCUCGCCUCGACCCUCAACCUCCAAACCACAUCAGACGCGUUGCGCACCGUGCUGGAUGUGGAACAGUUCUCAGUCAUCCAUCUACCUUUCAUGCUGGGCUCCAGCUUCAUUCCCGAGUCUCAAAAGACCGUCUAUGCCAUGUUAUGUCUUUCGGCCCCCACCCUGACAGAAGGCUACUUGGCCUUUCUGGGCCUGAUGACAAGCUACCAGAGAUCACUUGUCAUGCGUCGCGGCGAGCCCGAUAUGUGCAAAGCAGCAAUAGGAUUGCAACGAUUGCGAAGUGUAAAGAUCUCACACGAUUACGACGCGGCAUGCGCGCUUUUUCUGGGCCAGACUAUGUACGUGUUCAACGUGCUCACAGCACCAUAUUCGAAUACGGCCCACUCAAUCGUCCGGAGCGCGCUCAUGUCCACGAAAAAAUGGGUCCCACGAUUGAUACAAUUCCCCAUUAUGGACACAAUAACUAUGACUCCUAUUCUGAUCGACACGGUGGAGUGCCUGAUCCAUCGUGAAAUCCCUAUUAUACGGCUUCAUCCCCAACGGCGCAUAAUUGUUGACCGCUAUGCUGGUCUGUGCGCAACUCUUCUGCCUCACCUCUACGAUAUCUGCGAGUGCAGCCACACUUUGAAGAGGAAUGUUUUUGAGGCUGGAUCCGAAUCACACUCUGCAAUUUAUGAUCGACUGGAUAAUAUCGAGGAAGCACUUCAAUAUUGGCGGCCCAAAACGCCCGCUCAUAUUUUCGACAAUUACGGCCAGCAUGCGGUUCUCGCAAUGGUGACGCAGGCAAAUGUCUAUCGCCUAGCAGCUUUAUUGCUCAUUCACCGGCUGCGGCAUCCGCUCGGAGUUGAACAUGCCGGAGCGCAAAAAUUGGCAAAUAACAUCUUUGCCGAGUUGGCAUUCUUUGCCAAAUCGUCGGCUAAGGAAACUACCGCUCUACCGGUAGUAUUCCCGUUGACAAUGGCCAUGUUCGAGAUAGAAGGUCCUGGAGAAGAUCUCUUGGAACGUUUGGCCUCGUUCGCUGUCCAAAGCUCAAGUGCCUCGCGGCUUCAGGAAUUCGUGAAGCUUGUCAGGUCUUCACGAGAGUCUGGUUUUGAGGGCACUUUGUUUGAUUUGGUUGAGACACAUCUUCAUGUUGCGAUGCCACCCUAG